AUGGAGGAUACAAGGUUGCAAAAAAUUUUUAUCUCCAAAGAGGAGUAUAUCACGAAGAUAAACGAUAUUCGUGUCACUGUGAAGUCUCUGGAAGAGAGUUUAAUGGUGUCACGUAGUCUGGAAGCUGAGCAGUGGCUGAAACACGCGACAUUGAAAAUUAAGAAGAAGUUAGUCAUCGACGACCUGAAGAAAGCGAACAAAUGCAACAAGAAUAUGUUGAAUUUAUUCAGGCAAAGCGUCACGGAUGAUCGACUUGGAAACGAAAUAACAUUGCCAGAAUCUCUGAAGAGAGAAGUACAAAGGACUUGGCACCAGAAGUAUGAUGCUUUGUUGAUGCAAAACGAGCAACUGAAGAAAGAGGUCGCGACUGCUAAUCGUCUUCUCAAAGAAAAGAGUGAAGAGAUCGACGAUCUUCAACAAAAAUUGUUAACUGUCGGCGACAAGCUCGUCGAGCGCAACGAAGUCGUGGGAAAUGUUUGCAAAAAGUAUCUCAGACUGAAAAAACGGAAGGACGACCAGGAGAUGUUGCUACGAGGUUCCAUCGAAACGCUACAGGUUGAAGCAGAAUCAGUUGGCUGUUCAGGGUCACAAAAGCUUAUUUCUAGAAUAUAG